CUUGUUCUGAAUCCAUGGCCUUGCAGUGGAAGGUUGUUUGUCUCGUAGCAGUGGCCAUGCUUGGCUGUCUGUGUGACGCUCAAUUGAAGUGGCCUUACCAACCCCCUCAGAACCCUGCCCAACCCCUUCCUCCGAGGCCUGCUGAACCUCUUCCUCAGUGGCCUACCCAACCCCUUCCUCAGAGGCCUGCUGAACCCCUUCCUCAGAGGCCUGCCCAACCCCUUCCUCAGAGGCCUGCCCAACCCCUUCCUCAGUGGCCUGCCCAACCCCUUCCUCAGAGGCCUGCCCAACCCCUUCCUCAGAGGCCUGCCCAACCCCUUCCUCAGAGGCCUGCCCAACCCCUUCCUCAGUGGCCUACCCAACCCCUUCCUCAGAGGCCUGCUGAACCCCUUCCUCAGAGGCCUGCCCAACCCCUUCCUCCGAGGCCUGCCCAACCCCUUCCUCAGUGGCCUGCCCAACCACUUACUCAGUGGCCUGCCCAACCCUUUCCUCAGAGGCCUGCCCAACCCCUUCCUCAGAGGCCUGCCAAAACCCUUCCUCAGAGACCUGCUCAACCCUUUCUUCAGAAGCCUGCCCAAAACAUACCUCAACAGAUACCCUACACCAAAGGCGACACAAAACAGACCUGUGAGGUUGUGGACAAGGACAAGGUGUUGUGUGGACUUUCUGGCAUCAAUGCUGCCCAAUGCCAGGCCAUCAGCUGCUGUUUUGAUGGACGAAUGUGCUUCUACGGGAAAACAGUGACUGUCCAGUGUACCAAGGAUGGCCAGUUUGUGGUGGUGGUUUCCAGAGAUGCCACUCUGCCUAAACUUGAGCUAGAUUCCAUCAGCCUGCUAGGGGCAAACGGAGCCCACUGCACCCCUGUCGGCACUACAUCUGCCUUUGCCAUCUACCAGUUCAAAGUUACUGAAUGUGGAACUGUGGUGACGGAGGAACCUGAUACUAUUGUCUAUGAGAACAGGAUGUCUUCUUCAUAUGUAGUGGGGAAUGGACCCUUCGGCGACAUUACCAGGGACAGCCACUAUGACCUGCUCUUCCAGUGUCGGUAUACUGGGACUUCUGUUGAGACACUGAUUAUCGAGGUGAGAACGUAUCCAAACCCCAACCCAGUGGUCAGUGUUGAUGCAGUUCUCCACGUGGAGCUCCGACUGGCCAAUGGACGUUGUCUCUCCAAGGGAUGUGAUGAAAUGCAAGAAGCAUACACCUCUUACUACACGGUGGCAGACUACCCUGUCACCAAGGUCCUCAGGGAUCCCGUGUACGCUGAGGUUCGCAUCCUGGGGAUGACAGAUCCCAAUGUUGUCCUGAUACUGGAGCAGUGCUGGGCCAACACAAACCCCACAGGUGAAAGGCUGCCCCGGUGGGACCUUCUAGUUAAUGGGUGUCCCUACCAGGAUGACCGUUACCUGACCGUGCCCAUCCGCUCGGACAGCUCCUAUUUCCCUCCGGGAGAAUUCUUCUCCCACUACAAGCGCUUCCUCUUCAAGAUGUUCACCUUUGUAGAUCCCACAUCGAUGGUCCCCCUGCAGGAGAACGUGUACAUCCACUGUAGUGCAACAGUGUGCCACGCUCUAGCAGGCUCCUGUGAACAAAUGUGCAACAGGCAAAGGAGAGAUCUUUCUGCUCAAGGCCAAAAGAAGACUAAAGGAGAUGUUGUGGUUUCCAGUCAAAAAGUCAUCAUGAUUGACCCACGUUUUUAUGCUUAAAUCAAAUGUGUUAUAUGCUCCUCAUUUAUAUGGUCUGACUUGACAAUAAAAGAUGAGACAUCU